AUGGAGUUUCCUUAUCGCCCAAAAUACGCCCUGAACGCACCCCCGCCAAUCCCGCCUCGACCAUCUCAUUCGGAAGACAAUCGUCCUCCACCAUUGCCUCCUCGGAUACCGCGAGAUGAUUCGCAAAACACCGUCCCGCGUUUAGAGGCACUGUAUCCUCCGCCACCUCCAUAUGAGAGACAAGCCACCCCAGAACAGGUGGUCCCUUAUCCCGCGUCCUAUCAUGCGGAACACCGACCGCAGCCUUUGCCUCAGACCCAAGGUCCUGCCGCGGGAGAGUCAAUAUCCCUCUACAGUACUCCACAGACUGGCUCCACACCUUCAAUGUCUCGUCCUUGGUUUCCGCCACCCUCGUCGCAGGCGCCUUCCUCCAGAAACAACUACCACGCUCCGGGGCCAUCGCACGCUGAGGGAUGGCCACGGACUCCCCAGUCCAUCGGACGCAAUAUCCCACCUGCACCACCAGCCGCCUAUAAUUUCCGGCCGCAGGGAUCAGAUGGUGCACCCGCGCCACCGCCACUAUCGUCGCGCCGCCCUUCCCAGCAACAAAGCUCUCCGGCAACACAACGCCAUCAAGAUGACGCAUCGUCGACUCCAGUUGAUUCCAACACCGUGCGCAGCUCCUGCCAUGAUCAUGACCGCAGGGACCAAGCAGGCUCUGAUGCCCCAGUGUCGCGACCAAGCAUGCAGUAUAAUCCGCCCGCAAAAUUCGCCUUGAAGAAGUGUCCGUCAACAAAUUAUACCUUGAUGUGCUCCGGUACAUGGUAUAUCUUGACUGAAACCCCAGAGUUCCGCAUUUGCACGUAUUGUUAUGAGAAGAAUAUUCAGGGCUCGCCGUUGCAAACAAGCUUCCACCCUUGGGUCUCGCCCGCCGGUGCUGGCAUACAUUGCCUUUUCAGCUCACCUCGGAUUCAAAAUUAUUUGUGGCCCCGAGCCUUGCAAUCAGGCAAUGUUCAGGCGCUGUUGUGGUUCUUUCGUCAUCGCACCACAAUCAGGAACUGUGAUGGGACAAAAGGCGUUGGAGGGUCGGAGAACGUGAAGUGGUACAGCCCUAAAGACACCAGCAGACUUCCAUCUUUCAUUGCAUGUGAGGCUUGUUAUGAGGAUGUAGUUGCGGGCACACCUUUGGAGGGUCAGUUUGAGGAGCACCGAGAAAAACAACCACAUGAACAGAUAUGGGCGUGUGACAUCGCUAUUAGUUUUGUUCGAAGAUUACUCACCAACACACAAUCAUGGCCGCAAUUUUCUGUGGAAGCCGCUCGUCACCUGAGCCUUCCGGAAUGCGAGAAAAACGGGGGCGUGAUGACUGGCUCCUCACGGCAGUGGUAUGAGCUUCGGGAUCGAGCCCUGGGAAUAGCGGUCUGCGAGCGCUGCUACCGCGACUUUGCGAGCAGGACCGACUUUGAAUCCCACUUCCAACCUAUGAGGCAGCUGCCAAGACAACAGCAAUGCAUCCUUGGGUUCUGGCAAGCCCAGGUCGUUUGGGAUGAGGCGAUUGAGCGGAAGGACUUUUCGCUAUGGCGGCGCACAAUCAUAGAAUAUGUCCAAACUCCUGCUUGCAGCUCGCAGGCACAACCCGGUGCGCAGACGUAUCAACUUAAUCAAGGCAUCGACAACUUCGACGUCUGCCAGAGCUGCUACGUAGGUCUGCUAAAGCCACUGGGGUUGGAUUUGUUUUUCAAGCGAGUUCAACACCCUAGGACAGAGGAGAGUUCCUGUGAUUUAAAUCCUGCCAGCCUCCGGUUUUUAAGUUAUGCGCUCAGACUGGAUGAGGCGUUGAUCACUUACACAUUUUCCAGAUUUGUAGAUUUUACCAGAAGGUUAUGUAACCUCCCCCUCUGUCCAGGGAUUGAAUUGGUGGCGAACCAGAGAUGGUAUGGCACGGAUGACUGUCGGAUCUGUCUCGCAUGCUACGAGGAGGUCGUGCGUGGCAGCGAACUUGCCCAAGAGCUCCCUCUGACACCCAAAAUAAUCCCAGGUGAGAGUCACUGUGACUUAUACUCGCCACGAAUGCGCCGCAAGUGGGCCGAGGCAUGUGGCAAGCGGGAUUUGGCCUCGUUUAUGGCAUUUGCCGCGUAUCGCCGGACCAUCUAUGAGCAAACAGUCCCAGAGAUGCGGAAUAUUGUCUCGAUGGCGCGACACAACCUCGACAUGCAAAAGAUGUACAACGUGUCCUCGUCCUUCUAUUAUAACAUGAACGGGAUAACAGCUUCCAUGUAUAAUCCCUACAUUAGCUAUGGGGCUGCCGGGAUCCCGCACAGAUUCGAAACACCUUGGGGCGUCGAGGGAGCACAACUGGGGCAGAAGGCUCAAGGAUAUACGCAGGGAAUAACCGCCGACACGGCAAGAGUCGCACAAUUAGAGGCGGCCUGGAAACUGGUUGAGUAA